AUUUUUUACCACCAUCUACAUCUUUGACUCCAUCCUUUGUGGUCGACUCUAGAUCAAAGCCGAAGUGACGACGGUGCUCCUCCGCCGGUAAGACAUACUAGAGACAGAUGGCAGCCUCGAACUUGAAGACGAUGAGGAGCCCCCUUACCCCUGCAGUAGAAAAAGGACCCUUACAAACCAUCAAAAGAUCAGUUAAUGUUGCUAGAAAGAUAAAGACGGCUAUUGUUCCUCUUCAGGUGAAGUGUGAGAUAGGACAUAAAUCAUUGACAACAAAAUAUUUGGCUGUUUCUCGAAGAGAUAUGAUGCAGUGUUUAACCGCUGAAGUUUUUGGUCUUACCCUUCUUCCAAAACCAGCCGAAGCUCGUCUUAGUAGACCCGAAGUGAGGAAAAAGAUCAUGGAGAAGCUUCAGGAGCUUAGGGAGAAGGUUGGGCUAGCUAAGCCAAAAACUGAGAAUGGGAUGGAGUCUCCAACAAAACCGUCACCAAAGGAGAAAAAAUCUCCAACUUUGCCACUGCCACCUCCAGAAGGCACAGUUUGACCAUUGGUGGAAGCAAUAGCGACCCUUAAGAAUAUCCCUUCUUCAAAUGAUGCUUUGUGAUGUUCUCAGUAACAGGUUCGUUCAUGUUGUCAAUUUACUUAAGCUAAUCUAGAAGUAAAAUGUCACUUAAUACAUUGAAAUUAUGGGUCAUUACAUGAAGAGUAGCCCUUAACGCCUGAUUGAAUGAAAGACAUUUCCUGGAAAAUAAAUGAAUGUGUAUGCGGCUAGUCCAGCUCCAGCAGUACCAAACGAGAAUUUCGGAUUUUUGUGAUGGAAAAUUUGGCGCUGGGCGCGAUGUAUAUACAAAGUUUGAACCAUCAAACAAAACCCAAUUUCAUUUCUGUCCACGGUUCGUUCAAAACAUGAAAGGAAUUAGUACAGCCAGGGAGACUGAACCCAGAUUUGG